GGGAGGAGAAAGAAGGCAAGGAGGCGUCUCCCGUGCUCGCCCGGUCCGUGCCACCUGCCCGCCCGCCCGCCCGCUCGCUCGCUCGCCCGCCGCCCUACCGUUGCCCACCAGCCAACAUGCUGCCGAGAUUGGGCGGCCUCGCGCUGCCGCUGCUCCUGCCGUCGCUGCUCUUGCUGUUGCUGCUGGGCGCGGGCGGCUGCGGCCCCGGGGUGCGCGCUGAGGUGCUGUUCCGCUGCCCCCCCUGCACGCCCGAGCGUCUGGCCGCCUGCGGACCCCCACCCGACGCACCCUGCGCCGAGCUGGUGCGAGAACCCGGCUGCGGCUGCUGCUCCGUGUGCGCACGGCAGGAAGGCGAAGCGUGCGGCGUCUACAUCCCGCGCUGCGCCCAGUCCCUACGCUGCUACCCCAACCCGGGCUCCGAGCUGCCCCUGAAGGCGCUAGUCACCGGCGCGGGUACCUGUGAAAAGAGACGCGUGGGCGCCACCCCACAGCAGGUUGCAGACAGCGAUGACGACCACUCUGAGGGAGGCCUGGUGGAGAACCACGUGGAUGGAACCAUGAACAUGUUGGGAGGUGGCAGCAGUGCUGGCCGGAAGCCUCUCAAGUCAGGCAUGAAGGAGCUGGCUGUGUUCCGGGAGAAGGUCAAUGAACAGCACCGGCAGAUGGGCAAAGGUGCCAAGCACCUCAGCCUGGAGGAGCCUAAGAAGCUGCGCCCGCCUCCCGCCAGGACCCCUUGCCAGCAGGAGUUGGACCAGGUCCUGGAGCGGAUCUCCACCAUGCGCCUUCCGGAUGAUCGGGGCCCUCUGGAGCAUCUCUACUCCCUACACAUCCCCAACUGUGACAAGCACGGCCUGUACAACCUGAAACAGUGCAAGAUGUCUCUGAACGGACAACGCGGGGAGUGCUGGUGUGUGAACCCCAACACCGGGAAGCCGAUCCAGGGAGCUCCCACCAUCCGGGGAGACCCUGAGUGCCAUCUCUUCUACAACGAGCAGCAGGAGACUGGUGGGGCCCAUGCCCAAAGUGUGCAGUAAACAGCAGGCAGGCGGUGCCUGGCUUCCCCACCCCGAACACCAGCAGAAAUGGAGGGCAUCAAGGUUGUCGGGUGUGGAGGAGUUCCCAGUUUUGACACAUGUAUUUAUAUUUGGAAAGAGACCAACACUGAGCUGAGAAGCCCCCCUCCAGCCCCCAGUGGCAGUUAACCUGUACCUCGCUUCCUGCUUCUAUUAGAGGGGAAGGACGGUACUGGGGGCGCUGGGUACAAGCUUGGGAAUGGGGAAAGAAAUUUUUAUUUUUGAACCCCUGUGUCUCUUUUACUCAAGAUUAAAGGAAGGGAAAAUAAAAAGUGUGUGUCUUACUUGA